CUCGGAACCCCAGGGGCUGUUUAGAAUUUCGUCAGCUGGCAACAUGCCCAUGUGGAUGGAUCCUAUGCACAAUACGAAGUAUACGAAAUAACUGAAACUAGGCUUUACUUAACCUCCGUGGUAAUUUUGGGUUAUGUGCGUCACUGCAUCCGCAGUUUUUUUCAUCGGGGGAUUUCAUCAGGGCCAUCAUGUUUAUGUUUAAACCAAGGAUUGGAUGCCCAUCUCUAAGGCUGACUAACCAGUUGACAUUAGUUAACUAACUAACCGCCUAUAGUUAGUUACCCGGAUUCUACCCUCACGUGGUCCUGAACCUCUUCCAAGGUUGUUCUCAUCUAUUUCAUCUCCCCUGGGCAAACUUCCUUUUGCUGGCCACAAGCGUAGAUUAUUACCAGGCGGCAUGGGGUCCCGUCGUUUAUACGAACUAGGGAUCCCUUGUCCUUUUUACUCGGAGAGUUAAUUUCAUUGACGUAUAGCUAAAUUUAAUGCCAUGUGUGCUGUUACCAACCCUGAAAGUGACACACAAUCUCCAAAACGUGGCACUCCAAACUAACUUAUGAACAGUCCUCGCUGAAUAUAGCUUGAUCAGCCAAGGCUUCUUCAUGCUGCGGUGCGCUUGGAUUACACGCACCGCAGCUUGACGAAAAAGUUAGUCUCCACUGGGCAUUCACACAAUGUUCCUUUUAUCCUGCACGACAGGCUAGGGGUGUUUUCGACUCGCACACAGAGAUACACAUAUGUAUAUAUAUAGAAAUACAUCUAUAUAUUGAUUUGCUAGGUUUCAAUUAACACGUGGAAGGAUUGUGCGUGGGUCAAAUAGUCUCAUUCGAAUUUCACCAGCUGCCAGGGCUGAUGACGCCUCUGCCAGGCUUCGGGGGCCAGGAGCCCUGUGGGUUGUUUCAAAAUGAUGGCGUUUGGUUUCUACUUCCUUCAUUGACUUUUGGACUACUGCAUAAUCAUAGAUCCAGAUGGCGACUCAGCCCGAGCAGCCCGUUCUUCAGGGCGCCAGCCUAGUUGAAUCGCUGCUGGAGAUGGUAAAAUGAAUACGACAAUUACGGAAACAGGCAGAUUCGGCGCAACAACAUGAUCCGCUCCUCGCGUUGAUAUUCCCAAUCGUAGUUCGGCGCAGUAUAAAUAUGCAUCGGUCGAUGUGCACUUGAAGUGGAAGCGUCUUUUUUUAUAAAGAAUCAAAUAUCAAGUACACCCAACGGGUCCUUUCAAUUUAUCCGUUAUACAAAUAUUAAGAACCUUCCUACUAUUUUUGCUUACCGUUCCUUUUCACCUUCCAGAAGCCGCCGCCAUACAGAAGAGGAUCACGACCAGCGCAUCUCAAGAUGGCCAUUUCUGAGCUCCAGGAGGAAAGCGAAUGUACCGAGCAGCAGCGCAAAUGCCUUUCUCGAUCGCCCCAUGGAAAUUUGCCAACAUAUACUCUGCGGUGGGAUACACGCCAGCUUUGCCCAAGCAUCGAUCGGCUUGUAUACACCUGGCAGGCUGUGGCUAGUCAUAAUCCUGUCCUCCGGACGUCGAUCAAAUACGACGGAGCUGAUCAAGAGCCCCGCCUCGUUGUUCUAAGGAGGGCUACUCCUAUUCGCAUCCAGGGUAUCUCAGACCAUGGGGCAUUAAAAACUGCUUCGAUGAAAACUGCCGAGCUCACUGUGGCUCUCAGCGAAACGGGUGUAACCCUCCGUCUCCGUAUCUUCCAGGUGUUGGUUGACCGUAGAUCCCUUGCGCUUAUUUCUCGAGACUUUGAUCUUUUUUAUCACGGUCUAUCCUGCGAACCUCACGGUCAUUUCAAAUAUUACAUGAGGCACAUAACGGAACGGGAUAGUCAGAGUGCGCUAUCCUAUUGGCGCAAUCUAAUGAAUGGAACUGUUACCUCGCUCUCAUAUGGUUUCCCAACUAAAACCUCCGGCAUGAGAAACACCCUCACAUCCAACCUACACGAGACUUUGGUGAAGUCCAUCCACGAAUUUUUGAACGCCCAUGCCGUAUCAAUGCGAGAUUUUAUCCACGCAAUAUGGUCGCUGGUUCAAUAUCGCCACACCGCGGCUACUGAUGGCACGUCUGUCUUUGCUGUCACUGGUCGAGACACCAGUGUGCCCGGCUACGAUACCAUUGUUGGGCAUGCGGAAUUAUGCUUCCCUCUAAAGGUGGUGAUUGAAAAUCAUCUAUCGCUACUGAGUUGGAUUCGCAAAGUUUCCAAGAUUGACCAGCAGUCCUCAAGGAAUGCCUUUAUAGGAUACAGCAAAAUUCAGCACCAAAUUUACCCUCUGGAUGUGCAAGUGCGUUUGAUUGUAUCCGACGCGCUUGAUAUUCUUGAGGAAGGAGAUGAUGAUAUUCUCUUUCCUUUAACAAUAAAUAUCGAUCUUGGGCGCCAUUUGGUUAAUAUGCACUACUAUUCUGAAGGAUCUGGCGACAAAGAUCUACAAGUCAUUCUCGGCCAUUUCAUAUCUUUAGUAAAUGAAGCUGUGCAAUAUCCAAACGCGCUUGUGUCGGAUAUGGACAUUUUACCCAAAGAGGAAAAGGAAUUUCUGCUACAGUGCAGUAAGCCCGUUACGUUCCCCGUCGCCGGCCUUAUUCAUGGACUCUUUGAGUACCAAGCUGAGCUGAAUCCGCAACAUGAAUGUCUAAACUUCGAAGGUCAAACGGCCUUUACGUACGAAGGCCUCAAUGGACUAUCUAAUCAAGUUGCUCGCCAGCUUACUUGUGGCCGAGGUGACUACGUGCCUGUGUGCAUGGACCGCUCACCUGAAUUGAUCGUUUCCAUCUUGGCAAUAUUAAAAACAGGUGCCGCAUACGUUAUUCUGGACCCUGAAAGUCCCCCCGAGAGAAAUUCGUUUAUCGUCAAUGAUGUUCAAGCACCAUUUGUUAUUUCAGAUCAGAGUUUAGCCGUCAACUUCGCAAAUCCUGUUCUGAUCGAAAACCUGAUAGAACGUGCCCCCGGCUUCGCUCUCUCAAAUAUAGAGGUACCGCAAGAUACAACUGACAUUUGUUAUGUCAUAUACACCUCGGGUUCGACAGGAAAGCCAAAGGGUGUUUUGUUAGAGCACAAAUCAGCAUACACGGGCCUGAUGGCCUUCCCAACUCUUCCGAACCUUCGCCAACUUCUUUUCCAUAAUCCCAUCUUCUCAGCCGCGCAGCGUUCGAUUUUCUCUACAUUAAAGCAAGGAGGCUGCUUAUGCCUAGCCAGGAAAGAAAACUUGACUGUUCGAAUCACCGAUAUGAUCAAUUCUAUGCGCGUGAAUGUCAUAGAUGUCACACCAUCAACAGCGGCUCUCAUUGACCAAACACGCGUUCCCACUCUACGCCGAAUGACUGUCGCUGGCGAGCUGAUCAAUCCUGCCCUCCUGCCGGUUUGGAUGGGCAAACUCGAGCUUCUAAAUGCGUACGGUUUAAGCGAGGUUACACAGAUCAAUUGGCGUCAUGUCAUGCAGCCGAAACAGAACCCUCAGAACAUUGGUCGCCCUGUCGAUUCAACCCGCUCCUACGUUCUUGUCCCUGGAACGGUGCGACUUGCUGCAAUACUUGAACCAGGGGAACUGUGUCUUGGUGGUCAACAACUUGCACGAUCCUACCUUAACCGACCCGAGAGAACACGAGAGUCUUUCAUAAAAAAUCCAUUUGGUCCCGGGCGCCUUUAUCGGACGGGCGAUAUGGUUGUAACCCAUGCCGAUGGCCGCAUUGAAAUGAUAGGCCGCAUAGACUUUCAAGUGAAGAUCAACGGUCAACGCGUCGAGCCGGGUGAGGUAAACUGCUAUAUCCAACAACAUCCUGACGUUUAUGAUUCGUGGACUGUAUCUACGACAAUGGGAAGCCAGAAGUCACUCGUCGCAGUCGUAGUGCCUAGAGGGGAAACAGAAUGGCCAACUCUUGUCCGCAACUUACAGAAAAUUCUUCGAGAUCUUCUGCCGUCAUACAUGGUUCCUGCAUAUUGGUGGAAGCAGUCUCAUCUACCUCUGAACGUUAACGGCAAAGUUGAUGUUCCUCAGCUUUGCAGGCUUGUACAGGCGAUUCCGCCAGAGAAAAUGCUUGUUAAUUCUACGUCUGCGAACCAGAGCAUAGAGCAGUGCCAUCUCACUCCGAUGGAGAGCUCGCUAAGGCGGAUAUGGGCAGAGGUCUUGUGUAUACCUGAAACGAGCAUAAAUUUGGAAGCAUCCUUUUUGAAUCUUGGCGGCUCUUCUCUUUCUGCCAUAAUCGCUGCGUCACACGCUAGCAAGGAACUUAUUGAUGUAAAGGUUCACAAUAUCAUGCUUCAAAACAAUCUACUUGAGGUGGCGAGCACCUGCAAAAGAAUAAACAAUCCGGUAGUACGGCCAGAAGCGUUUUCCCUUCUUCCUAAAGACUACAUCGCCCCGAACGAAAUUGAGGAUGCAUGGCUUUCGACCCCAUCGCAAGAGCCUUUGAUUGCCGAUGUUAUGCUAGAUGGUGCGAAAUACGUCUAUGACAGGGUGGUGACGUUAAAAAACACCAGUAUUGGUGAAGUGAAGGCCGCUCUGAAAUGCCUUCUGAAAACCGAUACCUUUCUUCGGAGCACAUUUACUCCUUACGGAAGGACUUACAUUCAAACAGUCCCCAAAAAAAGUCCCUUACCAUGGCAAGACCUAGACAUGACACUGGCUGAGUACCUGGAGAAAAGGCCAGUCACCAUCACUAUGGAAGAGCCUUUUUUCAAAGUCACUGUGCUCACCACUGGGGAGCUAAUUUUUACUAUGCAUCAUGCUCUUUUUGAUUUUUGGUCCAACCGCUUUGUGUUUGAUGAUCUGUCCAAUUUGAUCCGUUCACGCCCGCCAGUUAGUCGCCCGCAGUACAAUCAGUUUGUGCAGUACCUUACCCAACAGGACAGAAUCUCAACUCAAGAGUACUGGCGCAAUUACCUUCGGGACUCCGAACCUUCGAGGCUAGGACACACGUCGGGCCCAAAUAAUGUCACCACUGUGAACUUGACAACUCCGAUUUAUUCAACCAGUAAAGCGAUUGGAGUCUCUGUCGGUUCGAUCUUAUAUGCAUCAUGGGCAUUAGUUCUUUCUCUCAUUCUUGGAAAACCCGAUGUGAUAUUUGGCAUUACACUAUUUGGCCGAGACGUGCCGAUUCCAGAUAUUCUGCUCAUGGAAGGGCCGACUGUUGUGCAAGUUCCCUUACGUGUUAAAAUCUCCAAGUCCUCAACCAUUGGCAAAGUUGCGAAAGAAAUCCACCUCCAAAUACAAUCGGUCGCAGAGCAUGCUCAUUUUGGGCUGCGGAAUAUUUUGCUUGCUGCGGGCCAGCCGGCUGGCUUAUUUGACACGUCCGUUAAUUUCUUGGUGAAGCCACCUUCAUCCGAUGCAGAUGACACCUUUACGUUCGUUUCGGAAGAGCAUCCGGGUUUUACUGACUUUAUCAAACUCGAGGCAUGCGACUCCGACCUAAGCAAUAUUUCCUUAUCUUCAACUCUAGAUUCGUCAUUUGCCCAAAAUAUUCUCUCCGGACUAGGCGCAGUUUUCAAUGCCUUUUCCUUCGAUGCGCAGGCGCUGGUUGGCGAUCUUAAAUUAAGCUCAAUGCUGCCUUCCACCUCCCAACCUCCCACGCCAAAACCCCUCCACACUCAUUCCCAAUUUGCACAUUCACUGUUUGAACAUAGCGUCUCUCGCUUCGGAGACAAAACCGCCUUGGUGGACGAAAAUCGAAAUAAUAUAUCGUAUAAGCAGCUGAAUGAGCAAGCAAAUCGAUUAGCUAACUUCCUUCGGUCUAGAGCAAUCCUCCCAGAGGAUGUUAUCCCUAUCUGCCUCGACAAAUCGAUCAAUAUGAUAAUUGCCAUACUUGGGGUUUUCAAAGCCGGCGCUGCAAUUUGUGCCUUGGACCCAGCAGGUCAAUCAUCACGAAACCAGUUUAUCUUGAAGAAAGUUAAAGCAAAAUUGAUUGUCACGGAUCUUGCCAGUUCUUACUCAUUGGAGAACUUUGGCUAUGAAUACUUGCUGUUGGACCAACUAGAUCUUUCUCAAUUCAGUUGUGAAAAUUUCGUUGUCACUACCUUAUGUCCUGAGAAUCUUGCUUAUGUUAUCUUCACAUCUGGAAGUACUGGUGACCCGAAAGGAGUGCUCGUCACUCACGAUAAUGUUUUUCACGCUACCAAGGGUAUAAUGGAGGCAACUAAAACGGACGACUCGUGGAGAUCGCUAUGGGCCCUCAACUAUAUCUUCGAUGGAUCCUACUCUGACCUUUUCACAGUACUUAGCGCCGGAGGCACCCUUUGCCUAGUCAGUCAAGCUCGAGUAUUUUCAAAUCUUGCUGGUUUCAUCAAUAAUUUUGAUGUUACUCACAUUAGUUUAACUCCAACGAUCGUUAAGAAACUCCUCAUCCCUUCGGAUGUACCGAGCUUGAAGGCUCUCAUUGUGGGUGGAGAGCCUCUUUUGCCAGAGAUUCUGAACGACUGGGCAGCCCGAAUUCCGGUCUAUAAUAGCUAUGGCCCGACAGAGGGAACCAUCACGGCGACAACUGCGCUUAUCGAACCAAAUAGCAAAAUCAAUAAUAUUGGCACGGCACUGUCUACCACGAUCGUGUCCAUCUUGGAGUUUGAUUCAGAGACUCCAGUGGCCUUGGGAGAGGUAGGUGAGUUCUGUCUAGGUGGGCCUCAGGUAGCGCGCGGCUAUCUAGACGGGUCCGAUGUGGAUAAUACGGCAUUUUCUGUUGGAAAUGAUGGAUCUCGAAUCUAUCGUACUGGAGAUGUUGCUCGUCAGCUCCCUAGCGGCCAAAUCGAGCUGUUUGGCCGAAGGGACAACCAAGUCAAAGUCAACGGCUACCGUAUCGAACUCGGAGAAAUCGAGAAUGCAAUCCUUAGGACCGGCAUGUUGAAAACUUGCGUGGUUCUCGCGGCGAAAAUACACGGGAAGACUCAACUUGCCGCUGUUUGUCAACUCCUCUCAGAAGCUCCCGGCGAUAUCGGAAGAUACACCACACCCCUAUUGCCCCCUUCAGAAGCAUACCCCUUCCAGGAGUUGCAAACAAAGAUGGGUACUCUUGCACGCUAUAUGAUCCCAGCCGUUUGGCUUCCUGUUACAUAUCUUCCUCUUCUCCCUUCGGGCAAAACCAAUCGAAAAGAGAUAUUAAAACUCGUCGAAUCAAUGGAAGAUUCAUUGGUAGCAAGUUACCAAGACGUGCAAUUUGCCGCUGUUAAGGGAGCGUCGGAUUUAUCAGCUCCCGAAUCUGCCGAGGAACGAUUGUUGCGAAAUGCCUGGGCUUCCAUAUUCAAGUGUGAUCUUGAUUCUUUCGGGACUACGUCCAGCUUCUACUCUCUUGGUGGCGACUCGAUCACUGCUAUUAAUCUCGUAAGUGAGUGUCGCAAGCUUGGAUAUGAGCUAGCUGUUGCCGAUGUGUUGUCAUUUCCUUCUAUCAAAGAGCAAGCUCGAGUUAUGCGGCCUUUACCAGCGACAAAUUGUAGCCUCCCUGCUUUCCCUCAUGCGUACGAAAUUGAAGAUGACAUAUAUGACACGCUGCAUCAGUCUGGUGUUGACCAGAAUGAUAUUGAAGCCAUUUACCCCUGCGUCCCUGGCCAGGUUGAGUUUCUAACACAAGGCCAUACCGAUGACCAAUUCUGGCAACUUCAAACAGUAAGACGCGUCCCAUCUGACUUCGAUGUUGAGCGGUGGCUGGAUCUGGUGCGGAAACUAACGGCAAAGAACGCGAUUCUACGUGCCAUGUUCGUCAAAAGUGUGAAAAAGGAGGAGCUUCCGAAAUGGGUACAAGUUAUUCUAAAGGAGGCCAUUCUAGAUUUGGAAACUAUAUGUUACGACACCCCUGAAGACAGAGAGCGCGUGAUUAAUACCCUGUGGGAUGGCCGUUUCAAAGUGGGAAAACCUUUCAUUCAGUACCGAAUCUUAAGGUCAACGAUGGAUGGCACCCUAGACUUGUACAUCAAAAUGGACCAUGCAAUGUACGACGGCACAUUACUUCGAAUAUUUGACGAUCAGUUCAUCGCAAUGGUGAAAAAUGAGAAAGUUCCAAAACCAACCGAGUUUACGGAGCUCAUCAGAUACUGCUCAACCAGCGACACGGAAAAAAUGCUCAAAUUCUGGGUGGAUUUACUUGACGGGAAUAGAUUUGACUACUCCAGUCAAUCACUCAAGCCUAAAGUUGGAGGAAUGCUUUUCAGAGCCUUCGGAAUAGAGGUCAAUGACUUCGCCCACAGCUCCGGAAUAACUGUACCUAUCGUCUUCCAAACAGCCUGGGGAAUACUUCUUUCAUUCCUAAGCAGCAGCUUCGACGUCACAUAUGACAACCUACUAACCGGGCGUAACGUCAAUCUCGACAACCCGCAAUUAAUCAAUGGCAACUGCGCCAAUUUCCUCCCAUUCCGCACUCGUUUCCAACAGGGCAAAACUCUCCGAACUCUCCUGCAUGAUACCCAGAUGCUUUUCUGGGAGACUACCGAAAACGGGAUGGUCGGGCUUGCAGAUAUCUACAAAGCGCUCGGUGUUGAUCGGAGCAAAUGCGGUGCAAAGACCAUGUUCUGCUUCCAGCCCUUCGACCCCCCACCUAAAACUCUCGACGCCCAUAUGCGCUGGAUCGUCAUGGGUGUGAGCCAGAAUAGAAUGUUCUUCAACUAUUCCCUCAUGUGCGAGGUGUUUAAAUCGCCCACGGGUUACAAAACGAAAUUCCAGUACGACCCGAGAUUUAUGGAUGAGAGUGCAACAGAGAAGGCUGCGGAUACAUUCGUUUCUAUCUUUAAUUUCAUUUUAGGGUGUACGGAGACCACUACUGUCGGGAAUUUGUAUAACAAAUUGAAUAAGGAUUUUGGAGGCGGGCCCUCUAGACUUUUGGAGAAAAAGGAACUGAUACUGGAUAGACAGAGAUUCGUGGAGGUAGAAUAGGAUAUACGGCGGGCUCAUCCCGGACCUUUUCAUUACAAUUAGAUCUUAACCAUUAGAUUGAAAGACGAUACUUAAAAUGUGGUUUUUCUUAUUUAUUUACAUAUUUAUUUAUUUACAUAUAUAUCAUUUUCCAGGACUCCUUUCUAUAACUGAUGUCAUGUCAAUAAAGGAUGAUUGAGAAUUGGUCAAUUCAAAUGUUUCACUUGAUAUCCAAAGAAUUUUUGCUGAGGGAAGCUGGUAGCCG